AACCAUCUCACCAAACGACAGUCCGGUGCGAGGUCCCCCCUCAGGAAGGUGUGGGGAAUGGAUUUUGCUCCAGUGGGAAAAGCGUGUGUCUAGAAGUGGUGCUAAUGGGAAGAGAUUUCGGUGUUUUAAAAGAGGAUGAUUUGUCACAAAGAGAAGCUCGCUCAGUGGUCUGAGCUGUAGCCGUGUAGAUCACUGGAGAACUCUUGUGUCCAGGGAGAGAACUGAUCCGAAGAUCGGUGUAAACAUGCCUGUUCGCAGAGGUCAUGUGGCACCACAAAAUACAUUUUUGGGGACCAUCAUACGGAAAUUUGAAGGGCAAAAUAAAAAAUUCAUCAUUGCAAAUGCCAGAGUGCAGAACUGCGCUAUCAUUUACUGCAAUGAUGGGUUCUGUGAAAUGACUGGGUUCUCCAGACCAGAUGUCAUGCAGAAACCAUGCACCUGUGAUUUCCUUCAUGGGCCAGAGACCAAGAGGCAUGAUAUUGCCCAAAUUGCCCAGGCAUUGCUUGGGUCAGAGGAAAGGAAAGUGGAGGUCACCUACUAUCACAAAAAUGGGUCAACCUUCAUUUGUAACACUCACAUAAUUCCAGUAAAAAACCAAGAGGGAGUGGCUAUGAUGUUCAUCAUCAAUUUUGAAUAUGUGACUGAUGAGGAGAAUGCUGCCUCCCCAGAGAGGUUCAACCCAAUAUUACCAACAAAACCUGUAAAUCGCAAACUUUUUGGGUUCAAGUUGCCUGGUCUGAGGCUCCUGACCUACCGAAAGCAGUCCUUACCACAAGAAGACCCUGAUGUGGUAGUGAUUGACUCAUCCAAGCACAGUGAUGACUCAGUGGCCAUGAAGCACUUUAAAUCCCCUACAAAAGAAAGCUGCAGUCCCUCGGAAGCAGAUGACACAAAAGCAUUGAUACAACCUAGCAAAUGUUCUCCCUUGGUUAAUAUCUCGGGGCCGCUUGAUCAUUCCUCUCCCAAACAGCAAUGGGACAGACUCUACCCUGACAUGCUGCAGUCAAGCUCCCAAUUGACUCAUUCCAGAUCAAAGGAAAGUAUUUGUAGUAUACGGAGGGCAUCUUCAGUACAUGAUAUAGAAGGAUUCAGUGUCCAUCCCACGAAUGUAUUUAGAGACCGACAUGCAAGUGAAGACAAUGGUCGCCAUGUCAAAGUUUCACGUUCCUGGAUGGCAGGGGGACCUUUUAAUCAUAUCAAGUCAAGUCUACUGGGAUCCACAUCUGAUUCAAAUCUCAACAAAUACAGCACCAUCAACAAGAUUCCUCAGCUUACUUUGAAUUUUUCAGACGUCAAAACUGAAAAAAAGAACACAUCCCCUCCAUCUUCUGAGAAAACAAUUAUUGCACCCAAGGUUAAAGAUCGAACACACAAUGUGACAGAGAAAGUUACCCAG